AUGGCUUACGGGCCGUCUACCGACGUAAAAAUCGCUGUUUCGAUCUUGACCCUCACACUUAACACAAGAAUAUUUUGGUUAAUAUUCGUUAUUCUCUCCUGGUAUGGUUCGUCGCUUUUAAUUGCGGCUCAGUAUGAUGCCUUUCGUAAUAAUCCAAUAUCUUUCGUCGUGGAGACAACAUACAAAGAUUGGAAUACACAGUUCCCAUCGAUUGCUGUAUGUGAAACCGAAAAUUCAGGGCGCAUAGAAAAUGUCUCUGACAGCUUAUGGGGUUCAGAUCAUGAUUUCGAACUGGAAGAAGUUUUAAUGGAAAUUGCAUAUUUUAAAGGUAUAACAUAUUACGUGUCUAAAUCAUGCGGAAAUGACAAUCCUUAUCCAGAAUGUUUUACAUCGAAACUAAACUAUUUUGCAAAUUUGGUGCGGUCUUCAUGCAAAAGUAUGGUGUCAAAUUGUUCAUGGAAUGGGAAGCCUUUUGACUGUUGCACUUACUUUAGACCUUUGGAAACAGAGCUAGGCAUAUGCUACGUUAUAAAUAGUAUUCAAGGAAGAGGUAAUCAUUUGCCUAAACUGGAAAUGAUUAGCAACAGAACAACAGGACCUGGAAUGAUUAAGUUUGACGUGAGCUUACCGGUAAAGGUGUUUGUGUUGAACGAAGAAGAAGUACCAACGUUGACAUCUCAUGAAUCUGAUGUCAUAUCCGUUAGUUUAGAGUUAAAUUACAGACGUCAAAUAACAUUAAGAAAUAUUGAAAACGAUGUUGAUGCUAGGGUGAUUGUGCCCGAGAAAAGGAAAUGCAGAUAUACGGACGAAAACAUUCUUCAUGUAUAUCCUUAUUACUCAUACACAGCGUGCACAGUACAGUGUCGAAAGGUUGCCCAAUUAAACCUUUGCAAUUGCACAAAUUUCUUCAUGCCUAAUACGAAAGAGUCAGAUAAAUGUAACAAAAGUGGAAUUAUAUGUCUCCAUGACAAUCUACAAUUGCUAUCUGUUCUAAAAGCGCGUUGGUCACCGCGGCCAGGAUUACAUUGUGAUUGUUUGCCAUCUUGUACUGAAGCUGAAAUAUCUAUAGUUAAGGAUUUUAAAAUACCGAACAAUCGAAGUGUUUCUACUAUCCAGAUAGAGCUUUCGACGUUACCAAGCGAGAGAUACAGACGAAAUGUUGUUCGAGGUGUGCUGGAUUUGGUCGUGUCAACAGGAGGAACUGGCGGAUUAUUUCUCGGCGCAAGCCUAUUGAGUUUCGUAGAGUUGUUAUAUAUUCUGCUUUUAAGACCAUUCUGCGAUAUGUACACUCAGCGAAACGAUGAUCGAUGGCAUAGAAAGUAUGGGAACCGACGUAUUGAAGACAACCAAUUUAAACGAAAGAAUAUUAAAGUUGCAUUUAAUAACCAGUAG